ACAGUUACCAGAUAAAAGUCUUGGUGAAACAAAACUCCGCUUUGCUGGAGAUUGCGGUGCCACUCCGAGGGGGGGUGGUAUUGCGCAAUUGGUGGCCUGUGUGGGGAGGGGUCCGUUCAAGAGGGAAAGAGAAAUAUUGUUCACCGGGAGUUUUGUCUAGUGACUGCGCAUACCCGGACGGCCAAAAUCCAAAGGAUCUGUCCGGUAUAGCAGGUGACCCGGACAACCCCGUCAGGCUCCGGUACAAGGGAGCUUGGAGCCCAGAGGCUCCUAUUCAGAGAGGUAUCCGGAUCAUCAAGACUUUUCAAAGGGAGUAUAAGUUACUUCCCUGGGUUCGGGCUCGCUGCUCGAGUACUCGUAAGGUUCGGCAUCCCUCAGAAGAAAACCGAGUGAUGCAUUAAAAAGCAUAAAUGCAGACUACCCUAAACACCCAACAGACCGAGCAGUGCGCACCAGCGAGCGAGUGAUUGUCCAUGCUCGACAUGGCAAAUCAGAAUGGGGUAUUGAUCUCCUCACCACCGCAAUCAUCGCCACCAGCACAGCUCGCGAAUCUGCAGUGCGCGCACAUGUCGUGAUGGCAAGCGCAAUGCACUGCAGUGGAGCACGAGCACGUACGUGUUGGAGUGAUUGUACGACAUGAUGAUGAUGAUGACAAUGAUGCAGUUAACUCAAGCCUGUGCUAACAUAUUCCACGGCAUAGCGAGCGAUAUGCAGGUUUAAGCAAGACAAUAGGUUGAACCUCAGUCAGGGUUGCGAUGGUGGCUAGUAUCUGGGUGUCUAGCUCCACUGCGACGGGCGCUCACUACUGGUACCGGUAGACCGGGGAAUACGUUAUGGCGGGUGAGCAGUUUC